AUGUAUAGAGAUGCAUGCAGGGAUACACGGGAACAAGCAGGUCGAUGCGCAAUUUGUCUAGAGCACUUUCAAGAGAUCGUUCUUCCGCUGUCGCAAUCUGAGUCAAGUGUCCCCUUACACGACAGACUCAAUAUGAUCCAGCAGUUUAUAGCGACGAUCGAUAAAUGCAAGUCAGAUGCUCGAGGAUGCUCGGACAAAUUUAACAAACUCGAGGAGAAGAUUCAAAAUUUCAGGAACAGGCUACCCGCCGCGCCUCAGGGCUUCUUUGCAAACAUCUGGUCCAAAGUCACAGACUUCUGUUCAGCCAUUGGGAGGGCGAUCAGCAAACUACUCGACCAUUUUGUUACGUUGAUUCGACAGCUCUUCUCAGAGUUGAAGUCGGUGCACAUGUCGAUGGGGCCUCUGCGCAUAAGUGCGCACUUCGGCGAGUACUCGCGGAUCCCAGAAGAAUUCGAAAUGAAUCCACGAGGGGGCAUCACGCCAGAAAUUGACGACGCCGCUCGCAGAUUCGCAGAGAAAGUGAGCACAUUUGGGUUCGCCUGGGACGCCGUCAGGACGUCCUGCGAUAUGCUGCGAAUGCAGCUUAUCCUGAUGGAAACGACGCCGACUACCGCUCCUGAUGCUGUCUUCCAGUCGCAGUUCGAGAAAGCUGGGCUGCUGUAUGGGCCUCUCGUCGAGUGCAUGCGAGCGUAUGCUUUGGGCAGGUCGCCGCGGUUCUGACCGCGUGGAGCAUAGUAACAGUUCUCGCUGGUUGUCGCCUUCAUGUCAUCCCCGAUCGCUAUGCAUUCCGACCCGCCAUUGUGUAGACGAUGCGUAGAUACUUCAUUUGUGUAUGGACAGUGACCGAAGUCCCGCGUUGAUCGAGGGCCUUUGUGAGACUUGUGUUUCUUGUAUGUAAACGUACGCUCUGUAUGAAUGUGGGUGAUGAUACAUAGCUUCAGAAUAUCGUCUUCUGGUUCGAGACCGUCUCUUGCCAGUUGUUAUGUAAUACUGCGAGCUCAUUGUAGAUGAGCCAGUUCCCAUUUCUGCAGAUGUGCAGACGUUUGAAGCGAU